CGAAGGAAGCAGAGUAUUGUUACUGCUGGUAGUCUCCUCUCCUCCUCCUCCUCCUCCUCCUACUAGUAGCAGCAGUACAGAGGCAUUGUAAAGACAUCCCCUCCGCUCCCCUCUCCUGCCGCCGCAGCAGGCGCUGCAGCUUCUCUCCCCCUCCUCAGCUGCAGCGGCAGCCGGCGGCUGUUCCGCUCCCCUUCCGUUUCUCCCGGGGGUGGCGGGGGUAUCUAUCUGUCUCAACUGAUUCUCCCGGGAGAAAAGGAGCCUCCUUUUUUUCCGGUAUCCGCGUGUUCCGCUGUAGGGGCGGGCGUCUUGCGGCGGCGGCGGCGGCGUCUGGGAUCGCCGCUGCGUCCUUCGCCUCCCUCCUCCUCCACCCCCGCGGCGGCCAAGACGGGCGGACGGACUCAUGAAGGGCCUAGUAGUCGUCCUGGCAUUGGUGGUGGUGGUGCUGGCCGCCACGACCGCGCGCGGCGAGCUGCGGGACCAGGCGCCGCCGGGGUCGCGCCCGCACAGCGUCACCAUCACCGAGUUCGGCGCCGUCGGGGACGGCAGGACGCUCAACACGGUCCCGUUCCAGAACGCCGUCUUCUACGUCCGCUCCUUCGCUGACAAGGGCGGCGCGCAGCUGUACGUGCCCAGGGGCCGCUGGCUCACCGGCAGCUUCAACCUCACCAGCCACCUCACCAUCUACCUGGAGCAAGGCGCCGUCAUCGUCGGCGCAAAGGAUUCAUCACAAUGGCCGAUUGUGGAACCUUUACCAUCUUAUGGCCAAGGGACUGACCUUCCUGGUCCUAGACAUCGAAGCUUGAUAAAUGGAUACAACUUAACCGAUGUUGUCAUAACCGGGAACAAUGGAGUUAUUGAUGGUCAGGGCUUAGUAUGGUGGCAGUGGCUGCUCUCCCAUGAGCUGAACCAUAGCCGUCCUCAUCUUUUGGAGUUUCUUUAUUCUGAAGAUAUCGUGAUCUCAAACUUGACAUUCUUAAAUUCACCAGCCUGGAGCAUACAUCCGGUGUACUGCAGUAAUGUAAAGGUCCACAAUGUGACGAUUGAGACCUCACUGGAUGCUCCACUGACUGAUGGCAUAGUUCCAGAUUCAUGUUCAAAUUUAUGUAUUGAAGACAGCACCAUAAGUGUUAGCCAUGAAGCAAUUUCACUGAAAAGCGGAUGGGACAAGUAUGGUAUUUCCUUUGGGAGGCCUACGUCUGACAUUCAUAUAAGCAGAGUGGAUCUGCUAUCAUCUUCUGGAGCUGCUCUUGCAUUUGGGAGUGAGAUGUCCGGUGGCAUCUCAGAUAUUCAUGUUAACCACCUACGAAUCCAUGAUUCCUACAAAGGUAUUUCUUUCAAGACUUCACCAGGCCGUGGGGGUUACAUAGAGGAGGUGAUCAUCUCUGAGGUACAAAUGGAAAAUGUACAUGUUGGCAUUGAGUUCACUGGUAACUGCUCAACCCACCCAGAUGACAGUUUCGACCUGUCUGACCUCCCGACGAUCGAUCAAGUCACCAUGAAGAACAUGGUCGGCACAAACAUCUCAGUUGCUGGAGUUUUGUCAGGAAUCGAUAAUGCCCCAUUCACAGCUAUCUGCCUUUCCAAUCUCAAUUUCUCCAUGGCUGCUGAUACUGGUUCAAGUUCCUGGUCUUGUUCCAAUGUUUCUGGCUACUCCGAGGCGGUCUUUCCUGAACCUUGCACAGAGCUCCGUGAUCCAUCCUCCAGUCCUUCCAUCUGCUUCUCCCUUUCUAGCUACAGUGCCAUUGCAGCAGCAUAAAUAUUCAUCUUUCCAUUUCUUCUUCUCCCUAUUUCUUGUUGCAGUCCGUGCACGAUCCGAUUGAGCCUCCAUCACCAUCUUUUUCUCAAUUCUUUCCCAAUAAACAAAUCAGGAAAAAAGAUAUCACUGCCCCCUCUCAUGGCCCUGAGGCUCGGAUUAUAAGCUGCAUGAUGACCUUGAAGGGGAAGAAGAAUCAAGUGGGGGUUGUGAACAGCUAGGUGCUUGCUUGUACAGCUACAUUUCUUUAUUCAAUCUGUAAGAAGGAAAAUUUUUUUUGGUAGGUGUUGAGUGCAGAACAGUUGCUUCAUACUAUUGUCAUCUGGUUAUAAAUUAUCAAACAUCAUGAUUAAAUUAUAUGUGUAUAUUCCAUCCCCCUCUUUGAGCA